UUGCGGAAAGGCCUGCUGCCGAGCCCAUCAGGAGAGUGGCCUGCGGAGCCCUUCAGGAGCGGCUUCUUGGCAGCUCUGAACAAGAUGGAGAUGCCGCGCUUCACCCGCCGCUACCCUCAGCUGCUCGAUCCCCUGCUCAAACAGAUGCUCUCCCUCUUGGAAGAGCUCGAGCAGCAGCAGCAGGAACAGCAGCAGCAGGACCAGCAGCAGUCACAGGACCCCAUGCAGCAGCAGCAGGCUAGCGAUCAAUCGCAGGAUCAGAUGUCCCAGGGCGGCGCAGAUGGCCAGCCUGACUGGGAGGAGCAGAUGGAGGAGAUGAUGCAGCAGGGCGGGUCCUCUGGGCAGGAGGGCCAGGAGCUGCAGAUCUCCCUGGAACAGAAGGAGGGCGGCUCACAAGGCGACGGGAAUGAGAUGGAUGAGGAAGCAAAGGAGAGCAUGGAGGAAGCCAUCCAGAAGGCGGCGGAUGACCUGGUGGAGAAGUUUGAGGAGCAGUGGAAGCCGGCUAUGGAAAACUUGCAGGAGGCUGACGCCGCCUUUGACAACCUGGAGGAUUUGAUGGAGGGUCCGGUGGGGUACGACCUGUCGCAUGCGCUGUGGAAGAGCGACGGCUGGCGGGAGAUGAAGGAGCUGCGGAAGAAGCUGGAGAACCUGAAGGAGCUGCGCGAUCUGGUGCGCCAGCUGGGCCGCGCCAGCGGCAAAGGGCCCAAGCGACGCGCGCCGGAAGAGAUCGAGGCGCGGUCGCAACGGAGGGGCGUGAUCCGGUCGUCGCUGCAGCCGGAGGAGACGGCUGGGCUGACGCGGUCCGGCGACCUGUCACGCAUGCUGCCCUUCGAGGCGCACCUGCUUGCAGCCGGCUGGCCGCGCGACACGCGGCUGCUGCACAUGGUGCGGCGCGCGGAGCGGGGCCUGAUGAGCUACGACCGGCAGGGCUGGCUGGAGGACGAGCCCUGCCGCCCCACGGGCCCCCUGGAAAUCCGCCCUGCCGCGCAGCUGGGCCCCAUCAUCGUCUGCCUCGACACCUCCGGCUCCAUGGCCGGCGCCCGCGAGACCGUCGCCAAGGCGGUGGCGCUGGAGUGCAUGAGGGGCGCGCACCGGCAGCAGCGCGCGUGCCACCUGUACGCCUUCUCGGGCCCCAGCGAUGUGAAGGAGCUGGAGCUCAAGGUGGACGCGCCCUCCCUGCUGGAGCUGCUCGCCUUCCUGCAGUACAGCUUCGGCGGCGGCACCGACGUCGACCGGCCCCUCGAGCUCUCGCUGGACCGCCUCGAGCAGAAGGACUGGGCGCAGGCGGACAUUGUGAUGGUGACAGACGGGGAGAUUGCGCCGCCGAGCGACGCGGUGCUGCAUCGGCUGGAGAGCGCGAAAGCCGACCUGGGUCUGGAGGUGCACGGCCUGCUGGUGGGCCGCUCUGACAGCAGCCCUGCCAUGGACCGAAUCUGCACGCACACCCACGUCUUCCAGUCCUGGAAUGCCGUGGGCAGUUCCCGCUACGACUACUGA